AAAAUUUUGGAAUUCACUAUUAGUUUUUAAUUUGUCAGCAUUAUUCACACCUCUUGCCUGGCUAUACUUACCGCUAAUCUAGUAGUUAUUUACACUAGGACAUAUAUCAUAAAACGAUAUAUUCUACUACUUUGGUAUUAGUAGCUCAUUACAGUGAUAGAGGUGGGUACUUAAACUAUACAAAAGACUUCCCAGAACUGGAUAUAACGAACAGAGCAGGGUUUCAAUACUUUUAGAGCUUAAAUGUUGAAUAAGUUUUUGUUUACCUUCCUUUCCGAACAAAUGUAAGGACCCGAAGUCAGUGACGUAAAUACAACAUCAAAUGCAUCUUUCAGAUAAGUAAAUAGUUGUCUUUCCGACUUAACCUGUUUUUGCCACUACAACUAAUGAUAAUAUAUAUAUAUCUGUCAUUGCUGGAAGAUUAUGUAGAAAAGAAUACAGAUAUUUUAGUAUGGCUUUCGGUACGGUCUAUGGUUCUGUGAAAUCUCCUCGUGUCGGCAUGGUCCUUAGUACUGCCGCAAUGCUUGGGUUGGGUGUAGAGAACGCUUCUAAUAGCUUACCUGGAGCUUUUCCUAAACAUUUGGCCGAUAAAUUCCCCAUACAGAAGAUUCCUGUGUUUGUGGGAGCCGAUGGAACUUGUCUAUGGCAAUCACUUGCUAUUGCAAGCUAUUUUGCUAGCUAUGAUCCAUUAGGAAUUAUAGGUGGUGCUAACGCACUUGCCAAAGCAGAAGUUUUAAUGUGGGCUUGUUUCUUCAACCAGGAAUUUUACGAUGCGGUUAUUCCUUGGGUAGCUGGGAGAAUGCGCUCCAUUCCAUAUGACCCAAAGACUGAGGAGGAUGCCAAGAAAAAGAGUUUUUCGAUCCUUACGGUAUUCGAGCGUCAAGUAAAGGAUAAGGAAUUUCUUGUUGGAGAAGAUCCAACAAUUGCGGAUGCUGCUGCUGUAGCCCACUUGUACUUCGUGUUGUCAUCUGUAAUGACCAAAGACGAUCUAGCAAAGUUUCCAGAGAUUGAGCGUUAUUACAAGAAUGCCUAUUCAAAACUAAAGUUUGAUCAACUCUGCGGUCCUUUGCAGCUCUUAAAUGAGCCAGUUCCUAUUCCCAAAGCUCCACCAAGUCCUAUCUUGAGUAAGCGAGAAUAAAUGUUGGAAUGAUGAGAGGAUGAUAAUAUAUGAAGAAAAUAUGGACGAUUUAGAUAAUUUUUGGUUUUGUAUGAGAGUACACGCAUGAAUUGAACUGAAUGUUUUUGCCAAGCUUCGUUACAAUGUACUUGCUGUAAGAAGGAUCCGAGUAUAUAAAUAGUUUUCUCUAAAGUAAUUAUAAUUGUUUCAUAUUCUCA